AUGGAAGUAGAAGAGCAGCAUUUUACAUUAUUUGAUGGUCGAAGAGCAGCAGUCAACACAGAUAUGGAACGGUCGAAGAGCAGCAGGAGUCUACGUAAAUAUGGAAUGGUCGAAGAGCAGCAGGAGUCUACCGGGCGGCCCCGCCCGGGGCCCCCGUCCCGGGCCCCGUCGGGGCUGGCGGGCCAACGCCCGCCCCCGUCCGGGACGCCUGCGGGCCUCGCCCCCCGCCACGUGACGGGGGCUCGCCCGCCCCCGUCCGGGACGCCUGGCGGGCCUCGCCGCCCCCGUCCCGGACUGGGACGGACCCUCGCCCGCCCCCGGGUCCCGGGACGCCUGGCGGGCCUGCCCGCCAAGUCCCGGGGACCCGCCUGCCCCCGCCCAGCCCCCGUCCCGGGACGCCUGGCGGGCCUUCGCCCGCCCCGUCCUGACCGCCUCGGGCGCCCCCUGUCCCGGGACGCCUGGCGGCCUCAGCCCGACGCCUGGCGGGCCCCACGCCCGCCCCCUCCCGGGACGCUGGGCCUCGCCCGCUACACGCCUCCCGUCCCGGGACCUGGCGGGCCUCGCGCCCCCGUCCCGGGACGCCUGCGGGCCUCGCCCCCCCCCCCGUCCCGGGACGCUGGCGGGCCUCGCCCGCCCCCGUCCCGCCCCUGGCGGGCCUGCCCGCCCCCGUCCCGGGAUCGCCUGGCGGGCCCUCGCCCGCCCCCGUUCCCCGGGACGCCUGGCGGGCCUCGCCCGCCCCGUCCCGGGAACGCCUUGGGGGCCCUCCCGCCCCCCGCCCACCCCCGUCCCGGACCCGCCCCCCCUGGGCGGGCCCUCGCCCCCCCGCCCACCCCGUCCCGGGACCCCCUGGGCGGCCUCGGGCCCCGCCCUCCCCCCCCGGUCCCGGGACCCGCCCCCUGGCGGGCCUCCCGCCCGCCCCCGUGCCCGGGAACGGCCUGGCCCGGGCCCUUUCAGGCCCGCCCCCGUCCCGGGACGCCUGGCGGGCCAGCCCGCCCCCGUCCCGACCUGGCGGGCCUCGCCGCCCCGCCGCGGGACGCCUGGCGGGGCCACGCCGCCCCGUCCCGGACGCCUGGCGGUCCACGCCCGCCCCGUCCCGGGACGCUGGCGGGCCUCGCCCGUCCCAGUCCGGGACGCCUGGCGGCCUCGCCCGCCCCCGUCCCGGGACGCCUGGCGGGCCUCGCCCGCCCCCGUCCGGACGGGCCCUGGCGGCCCGCCCGCCCCGUCCCGGGAUUCGGAAGGCCUGGCGGGCCUCGCCGCCCCCUCUCCCGGGACGCCUGGCGGCCUCGCCCGGCCCCGGGGGGUCCCCCCGGACGCGUGGCGGGCCUGCCCGCCCCGCCCCCUCCCGGGACGCUGCGGGCCUCGCCCGGCCCCGGGUCCCGGACGCCUGGCGGCCUCCCGCCCCCGCCCCGUCCCGGAACGCCUGGCGGGCCACGGCCCGGCCCCCGUCCCGGGACGCCUGGCGGCUCGCCGCCCCGUCCCGGGACGCCCUGGCGGGCCAGCCCGCCCCCGUCCCGGGACCCUGGCGGGCUCGCCCGCCCGUCCGGGAGCGCCUGGCGGGCCUCGCCCGCACCCGUCCCGGGACGGCCUGGAGGCCUCGCCCGCCCCUCGUUCUCCGGGACGCUCUGGCCGGGCCCUCGCCCGCCUGUCCCGGGACGCCUGGCGGGCCUCGCCGCCCCCGUCCCGGGACCCGGCGGGGCCCUCGCCCGCCCCGUCCCGGGACGCCUGGCGGGCCUCGCCCGCCCCCCGUUCCCGGGACGCCUGCUGUCCAACCUCAUCUUCCCCUUUUUCCUUCUGUUCGCCCUGGACACCGGUCUUCCUCUCCAGCCACCAUUUCCUUUCUCUACAAGGCAUGUCACCUCCUUCCGCUUGAGUUUCGCAGCCUCAACUUCACACUGGAGUCCACAAUUUUCCCUCCUGAGGUCUUCAACUUCCUUCUGCAAGCGCUCCAACCUCACCUCCACGUCUUUCCUGCCGGAUUAG